CCGGGAAGGUGUCAAGCACUAGCUCAUUUCAAACCAUGCAGAAAUGCGCUCUGUGACAACGGGGAAAGUUUUCAGAGGCGCCGACAUUCCCCCAGGUGGAUUGAGGAAGUCGAUGCUGCACCGCGAGGUUCCACUCUCAAUAGAGGACCUUUUCUACUCCCCAAGCGCCGCCAUAUACGACGAGACUGCCUCCAAGAUUGACAGCUACUUCAUAGCGGAGGCGAUUCGGACGGCAUAGGAGAUGUGACUACAUCGCGUGCCCAAUGAUACUACGGACGCGUCAAUCCCGACAUAGGAAAGCUUUAUAUGGUAUCUGUAGACACUUCACUGACCUUGGGCAGUAUUUCUCUAGGCACUCUCCAUGCCCCUUUAGCCUUAAGCGUGGGAACAGUGGUUGGUUGACGAUUCUGACGCGGUCUGGUUUCUAACAUAUCAGGGUUUUUCACAAGACACAAGCAUCGGGAGUGGAAAAAGAUUCAAUUUCCAGAUAAAGUAUACCUUGCUGCACAG